AUGGCAGCAUGGGAAGCACACCGCCAGCGUUUGCAGGAGACACACGACAGGCGUCGCCAUGCCCUCGGCACUUCGUUGGUGGGCUCCGCCCUCACCGAACGCGGCAUCCCGACACUGCGCGGCCCACGUUUGGCCCAACGACAGGAACGGAGGCGCACGCCCGGAGCCCUGCAGGAAAGACCCUGCGCGAGGCGGGCCAGAGGGGGGCUGGAGCUGCGGCCCAGAGGACAGCACGAGUGGCCGGGGGUGCAGCAGGAGCUGCAGGCGGGGGGGCAGAAGGAGCUGCAGGCGGGGGGGCAGCAGGAGCUGCAGGCGGGGGGGCAGCAGGAGCUACAGGCGGGGGGGCAGCAGGAGCUGCAGGCGGGGGGACAGCAGGAGUUGCAGCAGGAGUUGCGUGCUGGGGGGCAGCAGAAGCUGCAGGCGGGGGGACGGCAGGAGCUGCAGUCGGGGGGACAGCAGGAGCUGCAAGAGGAGGGUCAGCAGGAGCUGCAAGCGGGGGGGCAGCAGGAGCUGCAGGCGGGGGGGCAGCAAGAGCUGCAUGAGCUGGAGGUGGAGAUGGAGGAGCCACAAGAGGAGGCGCGAGGGGAGCUGCCGGUAGGCGUGCAGGAGGGGAGUCAAAUUGGGAAUCAACCCCAGUCGCAGGAAGGGCGGCGGCAAGGGUGUCAUGAGGCGAACCAGCCCUUGACUGGAAGCGUACAACAGGGGUUGCCGAUGGGGGAGUCGCAGGAGUUGCAGGUGCAGGAUCAGCAGGGGGUCACUAGCCCGGGCGGCACGGGCCAAGCGGAAAGGCCGCGGGCGCGGCGCCGAAGGGGGCGACGACAGGGAGGGCAGAGGGCCGGGGGCCAGCCAGGGGUGACCGGAGCAUCCGAGGGAGUGAUACAGCCAGGGGGGCAGCCGGGGGUGACCGGAGCACCCCUGGGAGCGCUACAGCCAGGGGGGCAGCCAGGGGUGACAGGAGCACCCCACGGAGCGCUACAGCCAGGGGGGCAGCUGGGGGCGAUUGGAGCACCCCAGAGAGAGCAGCAGCCAGGGGGGCAGCCGGGGGUGACCGGAGCACCCCUGGGAGUGCAACAGCCAGGGGGGCAGCCGGGGGUGACCGGAGCACCCCUGGGAGUGCUACAGCCAGGGGGGCAGCCGGGGAUGACAGGAGCACACCAGGGAGCGCUACAGCCAAGGGAGCAGCUGGGGGCGAUUGGAGCACCCCAGAGAGAGCAGCAGCCAGGGGGGCAGCCGGGGGUGACUGGAGCACCCCUGGGAGUGCAACAGCCAGGGGGGCAGCCGGGGGUGACCGGAGCACCCCUGGGAGUGCUACAGCCAGGGGGGCAGCCGGGGGCGACCGGAGCACCCCAGGGAGCGCUACAGCUAGGGGAGCAGCUGGGGGUGACAGGAGCACCCCUGGGAAUGCUACAGCCAGGGGGGCAGCCGGGGGUGACCGGAGCACCCCGGGGAGUGCUACAGCCAGGGAGGCAGCCGGGGGUGACAGGAGCACAUCAGGGAGCGCUACAGCCAGGGGAGCAGCUGGGGGCGAUUGGAGCACCCCAGAGAGAGCAGCAGCCAGGGGGGCAGCCGGGGGUGACCGGAGCACCCCUGGGAGUGCUACAGCCAGGGGGGCGGCCGGGGGUAACCGGAGCACCCCGGGGAGUGCUACGGCCAGGGGGGCAGCCGGGGGUGACUGGAGCACCCCUGGGAGUGCUACAGCCAGGGGGGCAGCCGGGGGUGACCGGAGCACCCCUGGGAGUGCUACAGCCAGGGGGGCAGCCGGGGGUGAUCGGAGCACCCCUGGGAGUGCUACAGCCAUGGGGGCAGCCGGGGGUGACCGGAGCACACCAGGGAGCGCUACAGCCAAGGGAGCAGCUGGGGGCGAUCGGAGCACCCCAGAGAGAGCAGCAGCCAGGGGGGCAGCCGGGGGUGACUGGAGCACCCCUGGGAGUGCAACAGCCAGGGGGGCAGCCGGGGGUGACCGGAGCACCCCAGGGAGCGCUACAGCUAGGGGAGCAGCUGGGGGUGACAGGAGCACCCCUGGGAAUGCUACAGCCAGGGGGGCAGCCGGGGGUGAUCGGAGCACCCCAGAGAACACAGCAGCCUGGGGGGCAGCCGGGAGUGACCGGAGCACCCCAGAGAACACACCAGCCUGGGGGGCGGCCGGGAGUGACCGGAGCACCCGAGGGAGAGCAGCAGCCAGGGGGGCAGCCGGGGGUGACCAAAGCACCCCACGGAGUGCUACAGCCUGGGGGGCAGCCGGGGGUGACCGGAGCACCCCAGGGAGCGCUACAGCUAGGGGAGCAGCUGGGGGUGACAGGAGCACCCCUGGGAAUGCUACAGCCAGGGGGGCAGCCGGGGGUGAUCGGAGCACCCCAGAGACCACAGCAGCCUGGGGGGCAGCCGGGAGUGACCGGAGCACCCCAGAGAACACACCAGCCUGGGGGGCGGCCGGGAGUGACCGGAGCACCCGAGGGAGAGCAGCAGCCAGGGGGGCAGCCGGGGGUGACCAAAGCACCCCACGGAGUGCUACAGCCAGGGGGGCAGCCGGGGGUGACCGGAGCACCCCAGGGAGUGCUACAGCCAGGGGGGCAGCCGGGGGUGACCGGAGCACCCCUGGGAGUGCUACAGCCAGGGGAGCAGCUGGGGGUGACCGGAGCACCCCUGGGAGUGCUACAGGCAGGGGGGCAGCCGGGGGUGACCGGAGCACCCCAAGGAGUGCUACAGCCAGGGGGGCAGCCGGGGGUGACCGGAGCACCCCUGGGAGUGCUACAGCCAGGGGGGCAGUCGGGGGUGACAGGAGCACCCCAGGGAGCGCUACAGCCAGGGGAGCAGCUGGGGGCGAUUGGAGCACCCCAGAGAGAGCAGCAGCCAGGGGGGCAGCCGGGGGUGACCGGAGCACCCCUGGGAGUGCUACAGACACGGGGGCAGCCGGGGGUGACUGGAGCACCCCAGGGAGUGCUACAGCCAGGGGGGCAGCCGGGGGCGACCGGAGCACCCCUGGGAGUGUUACAGCCAGGGGGGCAGCCGGGGGUGACCGGAGCGCCCCAGAUAGAGCAGCAGCCAAGGGGGCAGUCAUUGGACGACCGGGAGCAGCAGUUGGAGGAGUGGUGCCGACUUUUGGAGUUUGAUACCCCCAUGGCGACUGCGGAGGAGUCAAAGGCGGACGAAGAACCUCCCAUGCAGCCUUCCCCAUGCCCUCGUUUUCCGUGUGACACGUGUUUUCACACGUUCGCUACGCGAGGGGCUGCUGCGAACCACAUGAGGGUAUGCCGGGCGGCUGAGGCGGAGAGGCGCGCGCAGGCACUUGGCUCGACCCCGUCACUGGUGGAGACCGACACGCAGGAGCGACCGACGCCGCGGGAAUUUGGGGACGAGGCGUGGGCCGGGGUUACGUCUUGGGAACGGGAAGCAUUUUUCAGUGUGGAGGCGGUUGGAGGGAGGACAGUGCGCCGGAUCCCACAGCGGGCUCGGUCGGGGGUCUUAGACGCGCUCUGUUGCGUCUUAAAGCGUUUGAAGAGCCGGCCGGGGGAUGAAGCCGCUACCCUCCUACUCUUGGCUUUUCCGCGCCUCAUCCUAGCCGUGCCUCCCAAGCCAGGCAUAGGACAGAAGGCGGUGAUCAUAGAGCGGUUGGGGGCGUUUUGGGAGGGGAGGUGGCGGGAGCUGUUCGACUCCGCCAUGGUGGCGGCGCGGCCAGCAGUACGCCCACUUGCCUACACUUGCUCUGACCAGGACCCGGAUGCCAUCCCCCUGUCACGGUGCCGAUCUCGGUGUAAAGUGGGAGAGUGGAGCCGCGGAUUGGCUUGCCUUACGGCAGGGGAGUUGGCCCGGCCGUCUGAGGCCAUGGUGCAGUCGCUGCGAGAGAAGCACCCUGCUAGCACUAGCGAGGUACCACAGUGGGUCCGUGAUUUCAGCGUCGAUGCUCCUCAGCGGCCUCCACUCACGGCCGACAUCCUGGCCAGAACUAUCCAUACAGCCGCUCGCGCUUCAGCAGCAGGGCCAUCGGGGUGGGUCACGGAGCAUCUGCGCGACACCUUCCUCACUGAACCUUCCUGCCUUUCCCACCUGUUGGAGGUGUUCAACCAAUGGGUGGCGGGACAGGUCCCCGAGCGGGCUCGGCCCUGGCUCGCCGCAUCCAACCUAGUUGGGCUUUCCAAGCCUAACGGCGACGUCCGGCCGGUCGCGAUUGGGGAAGUGCUUCCGCGUAUCCUUGCUCGAGCUCUCUGCAUCUCGCUCCGCCCUACGAUGGCUUCCUACUUUCUGCCGUGCAACCAGCUGGGAGCGGGCACCAGGGCCGGGGGGGACCCGCUCGGCCCUUUCCUUUUCGCGUUCACGCAGCAGCAGGUGAUGGAGUCGGUGACUAGAGAGUUCAGGGACCUACUUUUUCUGAGCUACGCAGACGAUACCUAUAUCCUGGGACCGGCGGCUAGGAUUCUAGAGGCGUUUGGGGCGCUGCGGGAGCGGUUGGAAUGGGUGGGGCUGGAGGUGCAGGCGCACAAGUGCCGGUUUUGGGAGCGCGAGGGCGUGGAUGUGGAGCUGGCACUGCCAUUGGGGAUGCAGCAGGUGGAGGAGGGUCUCACUGUGGUGGGCGUGCCUAUUGGGGAGGAGGGUUGGGAGGUGACCCGUUUCAGCACGGCCGAUGUACCUGGCCCGGACUAUGCCGCCGCGUCCGGAGGUGGUGGAGGCCCCAGGCCGAUGUACCUGGCCCGGACUAUGCCGCCGCGCAUGCAGCUGCAUCUCCCUGUGCGACUCGGAGGGUUUGGGAUCCGGGCAGCAGCCUCUUUGAGUCCGCUGUCCUAUGUUUGUGGGUGGGCGCAGGCCGCGCGUGAUAUUGCACAGUUGGGGGUGGCGGGCGAGGAGGCGAUGUUUGCGGAGUACCUCACCACUUCGGCAGGGGCGGAGUUUCUUGACCCGUGGUUUGCCAAGGCUCUUGAGCAGCUGCCUGCGACUAUACGCCAGGAGAUGCCGGGCUUACCUCUGUGCGUAGCGGCCCCUCCUCUUCGGCUUUUCCAGGCGCGGCAGCGGUUGUUGGCGGUAGAGGAGCUCCAGACACUGCGUCGCUCGGCUCGUGACGAUGCCACCCUGGCCCGUUUCACAUCCCUUCAGGGCCCGGGGGCUGGUGCAUGGGUUUCGGCGGUUCCGGCUCACUCAGAUCUCACAUUCACGGCGGCGGAGUGGGGCAUUGCUGCUGCUAUACGGCUCGGGCUCCCAAUUCAGCAGCUGCAGGUGGCGGGGAGGUGUGUUUGUGGCACAGCAUAUGUUGACCCAGCAGACCCGCAUCAUGCCCUGAGAUGCAAGCACCAGCAUGGUCCAUCUCGGGUACAUGAUGAGGUGAAGUUUGCGGUGGCGAAGAUCUCUAAGGCGUCUGGGGGGGUGGUGACAAUGGAGGAUAGUGUGGUGCUGCAGGGGAAGCGGGUUGAUGUGGCGGUGCGACGACCAAUGGCUGGAGAGGCUCACGCCCUGGAGAUCAGCGUCGCGGACCCGCUAUCGCUGUCUCCAUCUUUGCUAGGACAGUGCGGGCAUCAAAUAGGCGUGGCGGCAAGAGAAUGGGAGCGUCGUAAAACGAGCGAUUACGCGCCUCUGCUUGCACGCAACCGGGGCGUGCAGUUCACUCCUCUGAUAGUGGAGACGUGGGGGUGUCUCGGCGGUCGCUUUCGGAGGUGGCUUCGUCAGCAGGGAGAUGCGCACGUGGGGCUAGCUGUGUCGCGGGGGGCUUGUCGGGAGGACGACACUGUGUUUUCGGCUUAUCUUCUAGGGUCACUGAAGGCGCUCAUCGGGGUGGCGUUGCAACGUGCGCAAGCCCGUGUCAUCCUGCUUCGAGCGGCGUCUUCUAUGGGGGGGAUUAACGUUGACUUGGUGGACCGGGAGUGGGACGAUGGCGAUGCGGAAGGCGGGGCUCUCUGGGUGGAGGCCCCGUACAUGGUGGAUUCGCUGUUGUGA